UAUUUAUUCAGUGUAUGACUGCAUCACAUUUCAACGGUCGUUUUUUUUGAUGUUUUCGAAAUCAAAAUGGAUAAUUCGUUGAAUUUUACCGUGUCCGAUUCUUUUGCAUUAAACCUUUUACAAAAAAUGGAACAGAACAAGAAAAUUUUAGCUGAAUUAUCCGAAGAAGUGAAUGAUGAUGGCAAAAACAAAAUCGAUUCCGAAGUUAUGAACAUUGAUGAACACGGUGGUCCUCAUUCCUCAACAAUGAUGAUGAAUCAAACAUCUGUUGAACAGAAUGAUAUUGGUGUUGAUGAUAAUGAUGAGGAAUUGUUGGCCAAUUAUUCAACUAUCGAAAUCAAUAAAGCUCGAAAAUCAAUAAAUCGAUUAUUGAAUGUUUAUGUACCGUUGGAUUUAAACGACGAUAACGAUGAUGUUGAUGCUAUACCCGAAGACAAUAAAAAACGAAAUGAUAAUCGUCUUCGUCAUCGAUUAGAUAAAUUAUCGGCCAUCUAUAGAGAUGAUGAUGACGUUGAAAAUGUUGAAAACGAUAUGGUAGCAAAUCGGCCCAAAACGAUCAUGCGAGAACAACAGAAUUUUGCGGAUGAAUUUCAACCGCCACGACGAAUUGAGCUCCGGGAUAGAUUGAAGAUAAUUGCCGAUUCGUAUUAUCCAAUCACAUCGAAUAAAGAAGAUUCACCAUUGAAAUUUCAGGCCAAAAUUGCGUCACCUAAAUCUCAACCUGCAAUCGAACAGCCAAAAUUUACGGCCAAAAAUGAAAAUCUAUUCAAAUCAAAAAGCCUAUUAUAUGAACAACAAGAUUUAAAGUCAAUUGAAAAUCAAUCUAAACCACCGAUAAUCAUUGAAAAACGUAAAACAAGCGUAGCCAAUUUGAAACAAUUGUUUGAAAAGAAAAUGACAGAAAAUGAUCAUAUUAAAGAAUUGGAACCGGAAUUGUUACCUGUACGGGAGAAAAAACGAUUGUUUGAAAAGGCUAUUCGAGAGGAAAAUGAAGCCAAAGCUAAACAAUAUCGUAAAGUUGGACGUUUGCCUGGUACCUGGCCAUUACCACCAUCACUUCCGGAACAUGAAAAUGAUUACCAUCAAAGUCCAAAACGAAUAAAAGAACAUCUACAAAACGAAUUCGGUGAUGAUGAACAUGAAAAAAUAAUUAAGAAAUUAGAAAAAAACAUCGAAAAUGUAGAAGAUGAAGAAGAAGUGUCACUCAUUUUCGAUCAAUCAUCAGAGAUUGUACAAGAAGUCUGUAAAACUUUUAAAUCAAUCGAUGAAAUCCAUAUGAAUGAUGAUAAUGAACAAGAACAAGUAUCGGCAAAACAAGAAAUAGAUGACGAUAAUGUGGUUGAUGUGGAUGAAGAAGAAAUAAUGGAAUUAACAUUUACAGCCAUCGAUCAUGAAGAGAAUGAAAAUUUUGAUGAUAAUUUCCAAGAAAUAACUGCCGAUAAUGACGAUUCGCAAGAUUCUAAUUUGAUUCAUCGAUCCUCGACACGAGUUCAUCUUUCCAUUUCAGAUUCCGACAUAACUGAAGAUCGGUCAUCAUCAACAUCAUCAUCAGUAUCAUUGCCACCGGAAAAGCCGCAACGAUUAUUUCUUUAUGAACAUGAACAAAAAGAUGAUACAUCUGAAUCUGGAACUGAGGAUAAUGUUGAAGAAAUAACGCCACAAAUAAGGACCAUCAGUUUUUAUCGUGAACAACAACGAAAAUUACGUGAAGAACAACAAAUGGCUAAAAUGAAUAAGGAUAAGCUUAGUGAUGCAACUAAACAGGCGAUUCAUUUUCAACAGAAUAUCGAUGUUGAACAUGAAGAUCGCGAACAAUUUAGCCUUGAUUGUCAAUCCAAAAUGAUUGCGUUAAAAGAUGAAAUUAAUGAACAUGAUCGUGUAUUGAGUCAAGCAAACACGGCUUUAAAUCUAUCAUUAUCGAUGGCCGAAUUACGUAAUUCAGAUAGCCGUGUCGAAGCCGAACGAUUAUUGUUAGUUUCAAAUGAAAAGAUUGAUGCAUGUCGUUCGGAAAUACAUCGAUUACAAUUGAUGAUUGCAAAUGCUGAUCAUUAUAUGCAACGAACAAUUGAAAAGAAUAUCAGCACCGGUACCUUGUACAUCGAUCACAUCAAACUACCGUUGUUGAAUGAAUUUAUUCAAGAACGUGCCAAAGGCAAAUUGAACAGUGUUUUUCAUUUCAUUUGUCUUGUUUGUGUUGGACCAAGUGUUUUUGUAUCAAAAUUGCUAGAUACAGCUGCCAAUCUUUCAAAAUCAUAUCUAGAAUUUGAUAUGGGCCUAGCUAUUGAUUCAUUAUCUGAAGAUUUCAAAGUAACCGUCAAGGUUUUUGCAUUAGAAUUGUCUUUGAAAGAAUGUGGUGGCCAUAAAUAUCGAUUUGCAAAUUCACCAUUUAAAACUAUUCGACGAAGAUUGAUGCAUUCGAGUAGUUCGGCAUCGACAUCACCAAUGUCUAAAAAUUCACCAAUCAUCCAACGUAACAAUCAACAGCAAAAAGCUCCGGCCAGUAAUUUCCGAUUAAUUGGUUACGUUAAAUUGACAUUGCAAAAUGUAAAAGCUAAUGCAAAUAAAUUCUAUCGAUUGGAUUCGGAUUGCUUCAUACCAAUUAUCGAUAGUUAUUUAACCAUGAAUGUUAGCAUAAAAGUUGCACAUGGGAAUCAUUUUCCUGGUUUUUAUGAUAUUAAAGAAAAGGAGGAUUCAUUUUGGAAUGUACGAUAUUUUCGUCUACAUGGUGAACAUCUUCGUUACUAUCGUUUUGGUGAAGAGAAAAAUGUUGAUCAACCAUUAGGUUUAAUUAAUCUAAAACAUUGUAUUAAUCCAAAAGUGGAAUUCUUAAAAGUUGAACAUCGCCAUUUAUGUAGACGUUCAAAUUCAUUCGUAUUGGUCAUUGUUGAUCCACCGGCCGUUUCGAAUGCCAAAAAAUUGAUUACCGGUGGUACGAUUACACGGAUCGAACCUAAACUAUAUUACAUAUCAUCACAAUCGGAACCUGAUUGUUUGAAAUUUUGUUCAUUAUUGAAUAAAAUAUUGCAUAGUAUUCGUAUUUGGGAACGUGAUGCCGUACAACCAUAUAGUCGAGAAGAAUUUGAUCGUCUUUUAUCAAAUAUACAAUAAUAAUUGAAACAAAACUUUUUUUUUAUUCUUUCAAAAUAAUCUAUACUUUGAACACAUUUGAUUUUGAACAUUUAAAAUAUUUCAUUCCUUUUUAAAAA